GCUAUUCCAACAACUGUAAACAUGUGUUUUUGUUUUUAAUUUCGUGUAAACAUUUAGAUUCAACUUUUUUUUAACUAUUAAGAACAUUAUUAUAUAAGUCAGUUUUGAAAUGUUUAAGGUUUCAACAGGUUUAAUCAAUCGUUGUUUGAUCAAACCUUCAGUUAUCCAAUGCAUGGGUAAAAAGAAAAAAAAUCUUCUAAAACCAUUGGAAGGUGAUGAAGCCAAAUAUAUUAAUAAAACUGUGAUAGUCGGAGUAAAUGAACCUGAAUAUUUGAGUCUACUAAAACCACCGAUUCCAUUCUACAAUCUAAUUAAUUUUCAGUUUUUCUCGCCUGAUUAUGUGUCCUUAGAAGGUUACACAAGAUAUGUACAAAAAUUUUUGAGUAGACUUGGUUUCAAUAUUUCCGACUAUUGGGCUUUACCACACAAAUCCUAUCAAUACCAAGUCAGGAAACACGAAGAAAAUGUUGUCGAUUAUACAUUUGAUUUUUCAACCUAUCAACGAGUUAUCCAAUUGAAAGAUAUCCGUGCAGUUUCUUUACCUGUAGUCAUUCAAUUACUGGAGGCUAGUAAACCCCCUGGAUUAACUUUAAGUAUUAAAGAGCACACUGAUGAAGAUGAAAAAGCUCGUUAUGUUAUCAAUACAGCUCUCUUGGAAUUAAAGGAAGAAUUGGACGUAAUUUAUACGGAGCUCGAAGAGUUAGGUGUUGUAGGCGUUCGUAACCCUGACCUGCUCCGAUAGAAUGACAACUUUGAUUAACGUUGAACAAAAUUUAAUUUCAAUCGUAAACCACUAAACCAAUUUUACCAAAUUGAAAGGAAAUUUAAGCUCAAAAACACAAAAGAUCUAAGUCGUUAUUAAAGUGAAAACAAAAAAUACAGAAAAAAGAUUAAAAGUGAACUUUUCAAGCAAUUAAUAACAGUUUCAGUACGUUAAUAAUCUUGAAGGAAAAAAAAUGUAACUCUAAUACAGAAUAAUAAAUAAAAUAAGUAAUAAAAAGUAAUUCAGAAA